AUGACUUUAGCAAUUAGAAUACUCUCAUAUAGAGUGGCAACAAAUGCAGUUGAUGAUUAUGUACAAAUUGGGAAAAGCACAACAAUUAAAAGUUUGAAAUACUUUUGCAAUUCAAUAAUCGAAAUCUUUGAACCCGAAUAUCUUAGAUCUCUAACAACAACUGAUAUUGCUAGAUUACUUGUUAUUGAGAAGGUUCGUAGGUUUUCGGAUAUGUUGGGAAGUUUAGAUUACAUGCAUUGGGAGUGGAAAAAUUGUUCAACAGCAUGGCAAGGUCAAUACGUAGGCCAUCAGAAAAAGCCAGUCAUCAGAAAAAGCCAACCAUCAUUCUUGAAGCAGUAG